AUGAAUUUUUGAUGCGGAAAAUAGCAAAGUAGGCCGCGAUCUCCUCUUCUUAUUUUUGUUCGGCCUCGUGAAUAAUUUUACCGCGCGGAGAUUGCUUCCCUUUCACGAAGCUCGCGAGCCCGUUAAUUAGCGAAACGUGGAAGCUUGCGCCGUGGGGGUCGAAAAUUUAUCCGGCGGGCGCCCCUCGGAGAUCCGCGCCGUCGAUACCCCAGCCUCCCACGGCGCAUAUCCGAACCUGUUGCGAGAAAUCAUCAUGGCGGACCCGCGGUCGGCGUCGUCGUUGUCGCGUUAAGAAAUUCUCUAUUUUUCCGCGAAAGUGGUGUGUGCAACGGGCGAUGGUGCGGGGGGCGGGUCGCCCGCCCGCGGGCUGAGCCCCCGCUUACGCGCUUAAUUUCGACCAUGAGCCAGAGGGGAGCGUUCCUGACCGGGGGCUGGGCCCGGGGCGGCACCUCCGAGGUGGUGCGGAGGGCCCACCCCGCGUCUGGGGCCCAGUGGAACGUACAGGUGGUCAGGGGCAAAGUGAACGGGAAAUGUCUGUGGAAUGCGUGCAAAGCGCUGAGUCUCGGCCUGCUGCUAAUGGUGCUGGGCGCCGCGAUGGCGACGAUAGGUUACUACGCGGACCACCUGUCAAUUGCUCAAGAGGUGCGCGGCAAUCACACGGUCGCCGUCAAGAACGAGUCUCGGGGCUUCCACCUCAACAAUCUGUCGUACGCGGGCCCCAUUGUCAUGGGAGUGGGCGGGUUUAUCGUCGUCGCCGCGUGCGUCAUGACGUUCGAGGCGCGCGACUCGGCCGCCAAGGUGGUGCCGGCCCGCCUCAAGGUGAGCAUGACGGGGCCACCCGCCGCCGCGGGCCUGCGCACCCGCAACGGCCACGGCUCCCUCAGGACCGCCGCCUCCCAAACCGCCGCCAACUUCCUCCCGGCGACGUCGUCUUCGAAGCGGUACCCGCCGGCCGGCGGGCCCGCCCUUGCCGACCGCCACGCGCUCAAGCAAUCUUUCGUACACUUCUCCAGAGGUCUGGCUCUGGAACCGACGCCCCAGGCGCGACGCUCCCGUGACUCGCUCAAGGUUCAACAGGGUUCUAUAAAUCGCAGUCCGUCCGCGCCGGACCUCAAGGAACACGAGGGGCCGCCCCAGGCGGCGCCCCAGAGUUCGAGGCAGACGUUGGCGGCCUGCGCGUUGCUCAAUCCGGGCCUCCUCCACCGGCACGCGGUGUCGGUGGACGAAACCACCGGCAACUAUCGCAGCAACGAGUCCCUGCAGCACGCCGCCGGCAGCCAGGGCUCGAUGGCGAUGGACCUGCACCUGGAGUGCCCGGUGACGUUGAGGAUUCGCGACAGACGCAGGAAUCCCCUCAAGCGGCAGCGCAAAGUGGAGGAGCACGAGGCGGCGGAAGGCUGCCCGAGGAGGAGCUCGCAUUCGUGCUCCCCCAGAUUGCCGGGGACGCUGCCCGGAGGAGGGUCCGCCCAGCACCUCGCCUCCUCGCGGAGGAGGAGUUCGAACGCUUCCGAGUGCUCGCGGGCCUCCAGGUCCCGCACGAGGGAGGUGUCGUGCCACAGGCCGCGCGGAAGGCUGGAAAGGGCCAUCAGCUCGGAGUCCAGGCUUCCGGCGACGAUCCCCGGCUGCUACCACUCGUACGAGCCCUCGAGGAACAACAGUACGGAGCAGGAGCAGCAGGGAGCGGCGUCGACGUCGGAUGGCGACAUCAGGCACAAGGUCAUGGUGCACUUUAGCCCGCAUCAGUAGUAUGUGGACAUUAGUUUGAGUGUCGUGUGUUCGAUGUUUGUAUCACAUACGCAGGUAUAUUUAUAUACGUAUACAUAUAUUAUAGGGAGUAUUUUGUAUGUGGACGUUUUGAGGUUAGAGACCGUCGGUGAAGUUGUAUCGAGGUUUUUAUUUCUUCCCCCGCACGCG